CGGCCACGGGGCCUGGAGCAGCGGCGCGCCGAGCCGGGGCGCAGGGAGUGUCCCAAGAACCAAUGAAGAGGACACAAGACCCCUGAGGCCUGCCUCCCUGUCCUCCUGGCCAUGCUGACCUUGACAUUUGCCCUCUCGGUUCCCCAGAUGCUACGGAUUGUCCUCCUGGUCACCUCCCUGAGUGCUCAGAAUGGAAGAGCGGGGAACCUUCCUUGUGGAGUUGGGUGUGCACGCCUGGCCCAGGAGCCUGGGGACGGUGAGGCGGCUGCAGGUCUGGCCACGACUGCACAACACUCCCGAUGGGACAACCCCACCUGCACCGAAGGAGUGGUGUCCGUGCACCGAGGGGAGCGCGCCGUGAUGGGCUGCAACAUCUCCAACCCUUUCCUCAGCGUGGCCGUCUUCCUGAGCACCCCCGGGGCCAGUGUCCAGACGCUCUUCCGCGUGCGGUCCCCGGGGUGCUUCUGCCGGGAAGGGUGGCAGCUCCAGGUGCAGGGAGGCGAGGCCCAGCUGGUGAUCGACAACGCCAGCGACUCCCAGACCGGAUGCUACAAGUGGCACCUGCAGGGCCUGCAGAGGAAUAUCAGGGUCACCACACUGAACGUUUCAGGGGCAGUGUCCCAAGACCUGAAGGAGAGAGGACGUCUGCUCUUUGCAAAUCCCUGCGGCCCGGAGACGCCGUGCCCGCCCGAGGCCGGAGACCCGCUCACGGAGGCCCUCGUGGUCAGCAGCGUCAUCGGCCUCCUUUUCCUGGUGCUCGGCGUGUUAGCCUGCACCAAAGGCACAGGCCCCCCGCGCUACACCCCCCGGAAGUGCUCAGGACCUCAGAGCUGGUUCUGAACUGGCGAACGGAGGCCUGUGAGGGGGCGAUGAACGGGCCUAAAACCCAGAGCCGGCCCCAGGAGUCCUGCCCACUCUGAGGACACCAGCACCCGAAACCCGCCCCUCAGGAGUGGAGCCCCACGUGUCCCACCUCCACCCAGCUGACAUGCGGCGGCGGCCGACAGAAGCAGGCCCCGUCCCU